GCCGCGUUGAAAACAUUCUUUCUUGUGGUGAAAAAUCUCUAACUUAAUGUAGUGAGCUACUUCAAACCAGUGCUUCGAGCGAACUUUUCGUGGACCAAAAAGUGAAAAGCAGAGCAGCUAAACCAAACAAAGAGGAUUAAGCCCGAGGCAGGAAUAAUUGUAACAUUGUUUGCCAGCGCCUUUUUAUAAGGUGUUUCACCGUUCACACGACGCCGGGAAGUCGGGAAUCGUUUGUGUUUCGGCAUGCGUGCCAGUCAUUUGCAUAAAUUGCCCAUCUAAACUUGAGUCCUUUUUUUGCGCGGUGUGAAUGAAAGAUUGCCAAACAUUUCAAAACCCAACCAAAAAAGAAAAAAAACAACACAAAAAUAAAGUUUCGCGUGAGCAUUUAAAUUGCCCUGCAACAAUGGCAGGCUCAAAAGUUUUGCGGUCAAUCGCGUUGGCCGUGGUAAUACUUCACAUUUCUGUGGCAAUCGUGAGUGGGGCAGCCAGCAAUGGUGUUGUUCUUAGCGAUGUGAACAACAUGUUGCGCGAUGCCAAGGUGAUGACAUCGGAGAAACCUGUCAUGCACAUAAAUCAGGAAACGGAAGCACCAGAAUCCAGUGUCGAGCUAUUACGUUUCGUCGAUGAUGAUGAGGAUAGCGAGGAUCUUAGCUCCAUCGAAGCAUCAACAUCGAAUGGCAGGAGGUCAGGAAUGGAGUCUAAAAAAAUGGCCGAUCAGGUGCGCCUGCUAACCAAACAGCUCAACGCUUUGAUGCUACGACGCCGCGAGGAUUACGAGAUGCUGGAGCACAAUCUGCGCAAAUCCCUGCGGCUCACCACAAAUACGGCCAGCGUGGAUGCCGACAUGCGCAGCGAACUGAACCAACUCAGGGAGGAGGUGGCCUCACUGCGCUCUUCGCAAAGUGGCAAUAAGGAACGUUUGACCGUUGAAUGGCUGCAGCAGACGAUCUCGGAGAUCAGGAAGCAAUUGGUGGAUCUGCAGAGGACAGCCGGCAAUGUUGCCAGGGAUGUUCAGCAGCGCAGCUCUACGUUUGAGGAUCUGGCCACCAUUCGUAGUGAUUACCAGCAGCUGAAGUUGGAACUGGCUGCCCAGCGUGAGCGUCAACAGCAAACGGAGGUCUAUGUCCAGGAACUACGAGAGGAGAUGCUGCAACAGGAACAGGACUUCCAGCAUGCCCUUGUCAAGCUGCAGAAAAGGACGAGCAAGAAUGGCCAGGGAUCAGCCAGUGUUGAGGAGGAGAGCGCCAGCCAGGAAGCCAGCCAGGAGCCCACUGGCCUGGAACCCAGCGCCGAUCACAAGCGUCGUCACUGCCGUUUCCAGAGCGAGCAGAUCCAUCAGCUGCAACUGGCCCAUCGCAACCUGCGCCGCCAGGUGAACGGUUUGAAGUUCCAUCACAUCGACGAGCGCGUUCGAAGCAUCGAGGUGGAGCAACAUCGCAUCGCCAAUGCGAACUUCAACCUGAGCAGCCAGAUUGCCUCCCUGGACAAGCUACACACUUCCAUGCUGGAACUUCUGGAGGAUGUGGAGGGUCUGCAAACCAAGAUGGACAAGAGCAUCCCAGAGCUGCGUCAUGAGAUCUCCAAGCUGGAGUUUGCCAAUGCCCAGAUCACCUCCGAGCAGAGCUUGAUUAGGGAAGAGGGCACCAAUGCGGCGCGAUCCUUGCAAGCCAUGGCUGUCAGUGUGAGUGUCCUGCAGGAGGAGCGUGAGGGAAUGAGGAAGCUGUCCGCCAAUGUGGAUCAACUGAGGACCAAUGUCGACCGAUUGCAGUCUCUGGUCAACGAUGAGUUGAAGAAUAAGCUCUCCCACCUGAACAAGCCCCACAAGCGACCACAUCACCAGAAUCUCCAGAAGGAAACGCCGCAGGAUGAUUCACCCAUCGACUCCGUCCUGGCCGAGACUCUGGUCAGCGAACUGGAGAACGUUGAGACCCAGUACGAGGCGAUUAUUAACAAACUGCCACAUGACUGCAGCGAGGUGCAUACCCAGGCGGAUGGACUGCAUCUGAUUGCGCCGGCUGGCCAACGGCAUCCGCUGAUGUCGCACUGUACCGCCGAUGGUUGGACGACGGUGCAGCGGCGAUUCGAUGGCAGUGCUGAUUUCAAUCGCUCGUGGGCGGAUUAUGCCCAAGGAUUUGGAACGCCUGGCGGUGAAUUCUGGAUUGGUAACGAACAGCUGCAUCAUCUCACCCUGGACAACUGCAGCCGGCUGCAGGUGCAAAUGCAGGAUAUCUACGAUAAUGUUUGGGUAGCGGAAUACAAACGUUUCUAUAUAUCCUCCCGGUCCGAUGGCUAUCGGCUCCAUAUUGCCGAAUACUCUGGCAAUGCCUCCGAUGCGUUGAACUAUCAACAGGGAAUGCAAUUCUCGGCCAUCGAUGACGAUCGGGACAUCUCGCAGACGCACUGUGCUGCUAACUAUGAGGGUGGCUGGUGGUUCUCUCAUUGCCAGCACGCCAAUCUCAAUGGGCGCUAUAAUCUGGGCCUGACUUGGUUCGAUGCCGCUCGCAACGAAUGGAUAGCGGUCAAGUCAAGCCGUAUGCUGGUCAAGCGUCUGCCUGCCGUUGAGUGCCAAGCGAAUCUCGCUACCGUUUCCGUUGCUGAUACACCAGCAGCUGAUGCCGUUGCUGCUCCGCCGAGCAGUACAUCAGCGCCGCCGCCGCCGGCGGCAACGGCAACAGUAACGGUAACGACGGCGUCAACCAUCAACAAGGUGGUGCAGUUCGUGGCCGCCGGGCAGGCGUAAGUGAGCUGUUCCCGCUUAUUUUUUCCAAAAAAAAAAACAACUUGGAAAAGGGGAUGAUAACCGCUACAGUGAACCACCAGAGCCAUGCCUACUAUAGUUGGGAGUCCACUGUUUGUCUGUGGGAGGUGGAUCUAAAAGAUCUUAGAUAAGUGUAUAAAAAAAAACUAUAUAAUUACCCAUUCACUUUGUAAAUACUCAGAUACCCGAGAUCAUCAGACCUAAGUUGUAGUAUUAAAACUUUCGAAAUGGAGCUUACUCUGGCCUUAGAGUACACUAGGCGUAUGCGUAAUUUAGUUGGCCCCCCACUAUAAAUAUGAAAUUCUUUGGUCUUUCAAGAAGAUCUCAUAGAGGCUUAAGUUCCGCGGUAGCUCAAACUAAAGCGAGACAGAAAGAUAGAGCAUAUCAUUUAAGGAUAAUGCAGAGAGUUAAUGUCUAGACAUAGUCCUACCCCCCUCCCUACCUCCCUCCCACCCUUCCUCCAUGAAGUAAACUAAAAACUAAAAACUAAACUAGUUGUAAUGUGUAAGAGGCCUAAACUCUUGCUUAGGCUAAUCUCAGACAAAUAAUAAAUAUACUGAAGUGAAGUAAAGAGGAACUUUCUAGCCUAAGUCAGCAUAUCAGUCAUAUAUGAAGUAUACAUCUAUACCUAGUUAUAGCGUUGGUAAAUGUACUUGUAAUUGUAAUUGUUGUACCAUAAAAAUAGUGUCUACGCAUUCGUUUUCCCGCUUACUAAAUGUCUGCUUCAGUCCAAAAAAGCAAAAAACAAAAUGAAAAACAAAUUUUUCAACCUACAAAAAUAAACCGAUGGAGUCGCAUGCCAAAGAGAUCAAGUCAGAAAUAGAAACAGAUAAUAUGCAAGUUUUUACGAAAUAAUAAAAAUGAAAGAAACCUUAAAAACUGAAAACUAUUUUCUGCAGUUUUGCAUAUAUACCAAAAAUAAAUAAACAAACAAAUGAAGUGAGCAAAAUAAGAAGGCAAGAAGAAAGAACAUAAGAGCUAAUGCAGUUUAGCAAGUAAGUUAUUAACUAUAUAUUAUGUAUACAUUAAUUUUAUGUCCUGUAAGUUAAGCGACUAAAAAAGACAAAGGGAAACCAGAAAGCUUGGCCCUUAGACCGGCGUAUUUUACAAUAAAUGGAUUGAUGUGAAACGAAAAAAACCAAAACCCUUUAUG